GGCCCCGCCCCGCAGCCCAGCCGGAAGGGCCGGCGGACGCUCGCUGCUGGGUCGGCUCGCUGGCUCGGGCUCCGCGGCUCCGGUGGUUGCCAUGGCGGCGGUUGUCGCGGCGACUAGGUGGUGGCGGCUGUUGCUGGUGCUGAGCGCCGCGGGGAUGGGGGCCUCGGGCGCCCCGCAGCCCCCCAAUAUCCUGCUUCUGCUCAUGGACGACAUGGGAUGGGGCGACCUUGGGGUGUACGGAGAGCCCUCCAGAGAGACCCCGAAUUUGGACCGGAUGGCUGCAGAAGGGAUGCUUUUCCCAAACUUCUAUUCUGCCAACCCUCUGUGCUCGCCAUCCAGGGCGGCACUGCUCACAGGACGGCUGCCCAUCCGCAAUGGCUUCUACACCACCAACGCCCAUGCCAGAAACGCCUACACGCCGCAGGAAAUUGUGGGUGGUAUCCCAGACUCGGAGCAGCUCCUCCCGGAGCUUCUGAAGAAGGCCGGCUACGUCAGCAAGAUCGUCGGCAAGUGGCAUCUGGGUCACAGGCCCCAGUUCCACCCCCUGAAGCACGGAUUUGAUGAGUGGUUUGGAUCCCCCAACUGCCACUUUGGACCUUAUGACAACAAGGCCAGGCCCAACAUCCCUGUGUACAGGGACUGGGAGAUGGUUGGCAGAUAUUAUGAAGAAUUUCCAAUUAAUCUGAAGACGGGGGAAGCCAACCUCACCCAGAUCUACCUGCAGGAAGCCCUGGACUUCAUUAAGAGACAGGCACGGCACCACCCUUUCUUCCUCUACUGGGCUGUGGACGCCACACACGCACCCGUCUACGCCUCCAAACCCUUCUUGGGCACCAGUCAGCGAGGGCGGUAUGGAGAUGCCGUCCGGGAGAUUGAUGACAGCGUUGGGAAGAUGCUGGAGCUUCUCCACGACCUGCACGUCGCGGACAACACCUUUGUCUUCUUCACAUCGGACAACGGCGCUGCCCUCAUUUCCGCCCCCGAACAAGCUGGCAGCAACGGCCCCUUUCUGUGUGGGAAGCAGACCACGUUUGAAGGAGGGAUGAGGGAGCCUGCCCUCGCGUGGUGGCCGGGGCACAUCGCCGCAGGCCAGGUGAGCCACCAGCUGGGCAGUAUCAUGGACCUCUUCACCACCAGCCUGGCACUUGCGGGCCUGACGCCGCCCAGAGACAGGGCCAUCGAUGGCCUCAAUCUCCUCCCCGCCCUCCUGCAGGGGCGGCUGAUGGACAGGCCCGUCUUCUAUUACCGCGGUGACACGCUGAUGGCGACCACCCUCGGGCAGCACAAGGCUCACUUCUGGACCUGGACCAACUCCUGGGAGAACUUCAGACAGGGCAUUGAUUUCUGCCCUGGGCAGAACGUUUCCGGGGUCACGACUCACAGCCUGGAAGACCACACGAAGCUGCCCCUGAUCUUCCACCUGGGACGGGACCCGGGGGAGCGGUUCCCCCUGAGCUUUGCCAGCGCUGAGUACCAGGAGGCCCUCAGCAGGAUCACUUCGGUCGUCCAGCAGCACCAGGAGGCCUUGGUCCCCGGGCAGCCCCAGCUCAACGUGUGCAACUGGGCAGUCAUGCCCCAGGGACCUUCGUGUCAGACCUGAUCCCACUCAGUCACCCAGAGCAGCAUCUCCUUGCGGCCUGAUGAGACCAGGCCAUGUUCACCUCCAGUGGAGAAACGGCCUAAUCACACCAGCAUCGGCCAGAAACACAAGCAUAGAUGUGCCUCCAAAGUUUCACUGAAGUCUGUUCAAGGCACAAAGGAUGCAUCUCCUUGUCCAGACAUGGGGGCCGCAGUCAGGGCCUCUUAGGAGCAGCUUUUCUGUCCCCUGCUUGGGGGUCCGCUAGGGUGGGGUGUGGACGGCCCAGCCAUCCUGAGUGUGCAGUGGCCACAAAGGCCUUUUUCCCAGCACAGUGAUGUGGGUCCCAGCAGGGAAGGCCUUCGCGGCUCCUUCAGAUGGGACAUGUGCAGCCUUCACUCCAGUCAGCAAAAACGGGCCACACACAGGUCUGCAGUGUCACUCCUGGGUGCCCAGAGCCCACAGAGCACAGUGGAGAUGGCCAAACCCAGCUUCCAGGCCCCUGAGCCAUCACUUACCUGUUCACGUGGGCUGAGCGUGGCUGCCCACAGCCCCUGGAUCCGCCGAGUGAAACCGCAGGAGCUCGGGACCCCGGGGCAGCUGCAGACUUCAGCCUGGGCUCCUGCUGUGUGGGCGAAAGGACCUGGCUGCAGCGUGGGAACCGCUGGGUGCCCGCCGUGCCGUGGGAAGGAAGGUGGUGGCUCUGCACAGCCAGGGAGCCACAGCGUGGGCCGGCAGGUGGAACAGGAGAGCGCCGGACAUCAGCAGCACCUCCCAGCAAUGAGGACCAGGGAGGGCAGAUGGCCUUGUCCCUGCCCAGGGAGGGUCCACCCUGCAGGGAUCAUUUAGGACUGGGCGGGGCAGGGCCACCUCCGUUAGUUGGGGGGCUGGCGGGGGUGCCUGGCAAGUUUCAUAGGAAGAUAUUCAGGGCCCUUCCUUCAAAGGGACCUGGGCAGUUGGCGUCCCUGCCUCUGGACUCAGCAGUGGAGCAGGGAGGUCCCUGUCUCAGGACCCCUGAGUCUCGGGCCCCAGGAGCCCAGGGCCACCAGCCACGGAGGAUCCCUGGGCUUCUGCCUUCCAUACCCAAUCCCAGUCCAUGCUGCUGGGUCCUGCUCUGCGACCCAGGCUGCAGUGGCUCCACGGGUGCAGGCCACACCAGCCAUGGAGACAGGGGGCCCAGGGCAGGGGAGGGGGGUGCACACAGCCUGGCUGCCGCUGCCAUCUCCUGGGCACUGGGGGAGCUGCCCCCACCGCCACACCUGUGCCCUCUGCAGGGGGAAAAGUGGUGCCAACUCAGACCUGGCGAGGUGAGCCACUGGGGUCUGAGGGGCCCAGACGCCACCGCGAGCAGAGCCACGGAGGAGAUACACAGGCACGCGUGUGAAGCCUGGGGGCCACUUGCCCUCCUCACCCCUUCCCUGCCCUCUGUCCCCACCAACUGCAGGCCAGCCCCAGCCGAGGGGCUCAGUGGUGUCUCUGACACAGAGGAGAGGGAGUCUGGCCACCUGGACCCCUGCUCCUGGGACAGCUGAGCAGCCUUUGAGAAACGCAGACUCACACACACCCUGCGGCUGCCUCUGCUGCCCCUGGAGUUUGGGAGCAACCUCCUCAGCCAAACCCACCCCUGCUCUGGUGGCCAAGGGGGAGGGACACUCAUGUGGCCACUCAGUGACACUCACGCCUGCUGCUGCCCAGGGCUGAGAGUGUCCUUAGUCCUCUGUCCGAUUAAGCAGCA